AUGCCGCUGCUGGAUGGGCUGCGACAUGGCGAGCCGAUCGACGGCAGCGCCAGCCCGAGUCUCAACCCGGACCAUUCUAGGCGACAGAAGAUUGUAGUGGUCGGAUUGGGCAUGGUAGCCAUUUCCUUGAUCGAGAAAAUCAUCAAGCAGGACACGGCGCAACGAUAUGAUAUUCUGGUCAUCGGCGAAGAGCCCCACGUCGCCUACAAUCGUGUGGGCUUGUCGUCCUUUUUUGAGCAUCGUAAGAUUGAGGACCUUUAUCUCAAUCCGAAAGAAUGGUACGGAUCCUUCGAAGAGCGGGCAUUCGAUCAUCAUCUCAACACACGAGUCACCGAGAUCAACCCGACAAACAAGACGGUGCAAACAUCUACGGGCGAAAAUGUUCCAUAUGACAUUCUUGUUCUUGCGACUGGCUCCGAUGCAGUCCUUCCCACCCACACACCCGGUCACGACGCUAAGGGGAUCUUUGUGUAUCGCACCAUCUCCGAUUUAGAACGCUUGAUUGAAUUUGCAUCACAACAUAAGGGAGAGACGGCUGUUACAGUUGGCGGAGGUCUCCUGGGGCUAGAGGCCGCUAAGGCGAUGACCGACUUGGAGGACUUCGGGAACGUCAAGUUGAUUGAUCGCAAUAAAUGGGUUUUAGCGCGGCAAUUGGACGGCGAUGCCGGGUCAUUGGUCACACGAAAAAUCCGAGAAUUGGGAUUGGAUGUAUUGCAUCAGAAACAAGUUGCAGUGGUCAACACAGAUGCAGACAAUAAUGUGACAGGGAUUACAUUCGAGGACGGAGAGCAGAUUCAAUGUUGCUGCAUUUGUUUCGCGAUUGGCGUUAAGCCCCGAGAUGAAUUGGGCCACGCUGCUGGUAUUCAGUCAGCAGAAAGAGGCGGGUUCGUAAUUGACGAGAGUCUGCAAACCUCCAUUCCAGAUAUCUAUGCGGUGGGCGAAUGUGCUAGCUGGGAGAACCAGACAUUCGGGAUUAUCGCACCUGGCAUUGAGAUGGCAGACGUUCUUGCGUACAACCUGACAAACCCCGAUAAAGAGCAAAAAAGCUUCACUCGCCCGGAUCUCAGCACCAAGUUGAAGCUAUUGGGGGUUGACGUGGCCUCCUUUGGCGAUUUUUUCGCUGAUCGAGAUGGUCCCAAAUUCCUCCCUGGCCGGCGACCUUCCAUUCCAAACGUCUUCUCAGAGACGACUCGUGAAAAGGAACCCUCUGUCAAAGCCUUGACCUAUAAAGAUCCAUUUGGUGGGGUGUAUAAGAAAUAUUUAUUCACCAUGGAUGGCAAAUUCUUACUCGGUGGCAUGAUGAUCGGUGAUACGAAGGAUUAUCUCAAAUUGAAUCAAAUGGUCAAGACACAGAAGGAGCUGGAAGUGCCACCCAGCCAAUUCAUUCUUGGGGCUCAGAAUGAUGGCGAGGAAAACGCAGAUGAUUUGGACGACAGCACCCAGAUCUGUGCCUGUCACAAUGUGACAAAAGGCGACGUGGUCGAGAAUAUCAAGAAUGGUACCUGUAAGACGAUGAGCGACGUGAAAUCCUGCACCAAGGCUGGCACUGGCUGUGGUGGGUGCUUGCCACUGGUACAAUCUAUUUUCAACAAGACCAUGCUAGAAAUGGGCCAAGAAGUAUCGAAUCACUUGUGCCAGCACAUUCCAUACUCACGAGCAGAUCUAUACAACGUUGUUGCUGUCAAGCAGCUGAAAACAUUUCCAGAUGUUAUGAAAGUUGCAGGGAACAAUCCCGAGUCUUUGGGGUGUGAAGUGUGCAAACCGGCAAUCGGUUCAAUUCUCUCGAGUCUCUUCAAUCCUCAUGUCAUGGAUAAAGGAUACAAUGACCUACAGGAUACAAAUGACAAAUUUCUCGCCAAUAUUCAGAGAAACGGAACAUUUUCUGUUGUGCCUCGAGUGCCUGGUGGUGAGAUCACAGCCGACAAACUCAUCGCAAUCGGUUCCGUCGCAAAGAAAUACGGCCUUUAUUGCAAAAUCACAGGCGCUCAGCGAAUUGAUAUGUUCGGCGCUAAAAAACAAGAUCUCUUGCCUAUAUGGACAGAGCUUGUGGAUGCUGGAAUGGAGAGUGGCCAUGCCUAUGCUAAGGCCCUCCGUGCAAUCAAAAGCUGUGUGGGAACUACAUGGUGUCGUUUCGGCAUCGGUGACAGUGUCGGUAUGGCAAUUCGACUCGAAGAGAGAUAUAAGAGCAUUCGCGCACCGCACAAGUUCAAGGCAGCUGUGUCCGGAUGUGUUCGUGAAUGCGCUGAAGCGCAAAACAAGGACUUUGGUCUUAUCGCGACAGAGAACGGCUUUAAUAUCUUUGUAGGAGGCAACGGGGGAGCGAAACCUCGACAUUCAGAGCUUCUAAUUAAGGAUGUGCCGCCGGAAAUGGUGAUGCCUAUCAUCGAUCGCUACCUGAUCUUCUACAUCCGAACCGCCGACAAGCUACAGCGUACCGCGAGAUGGAUCGAAAAUCUACCUGGGGGAAUCAACUACCUCAAAGAGGUCAUCAUUGACGACAAGCUGGGUAUUUGUGCCGACAUGGAGCGACAAAUGCAAGAACUUGUAGACAGCUAUUUCUGUGAAUGGACCGAGACCGUCAGGGAUCCCAAACGACGUAAGACCUUCCAACAGUUCGCCAACACCGAUGAAACCGUUGAGACCGUUGAGGUCAUCCAAGAACGUUCUCAGAACCGCCCUACCUACUGGCCAAAGAAUUCAGCCCAGGAAGACUUCAGGGGCCACCAAUGGUCUAGCCUGUCCUGGCAGCCGGUGGUCCGCGCUGAUCACUUUUCGGACGAGCCUCCACAGGUUUCCUCAGCGAAUGUCAAGCGAGGAGACACUCAGCUGGCUGUGUUCAAAAUUAAAGGCAAAUUCUAUGCAACUCAACAGAUGUGCCCUCAUAAACGAGCAUUCGUUCUUUCUGACGGUCUGAUCGGUGAUGAUGAUGCUGGCAAGUACUGGGUAUCUUGUCCAUAUCACAAACGCAACUUUGAGUUGAAUGGUGACCAGGCAGGUCGUUGUUCAAAUGACGAGAGUAUGAAUAUCGCUACCUUCCCGGUGGAAGAGCGGCAGGAUGGGUGGAUCUACUUGAAGUUACCUCCAGUGGAAGAAUUGGAUGCUGUUCUAGGGACCGAGAAAUGGAAGGUUAGGAAGGGCGAGGCCCCAGAUCCAUUUCACAAGGUGGAUAAACGAUAUAAAGGAAUGAAAGGAAAGAAGGUUGCCGAGGGGGAGAAUACACCUAAGCCACCAGUCCAGUCGGCAAAUGGUAUUGAUUGGUAA